AUGGAUUUUAAUAUUGACAAGUGUAAAGUAAUGAAUAUUGGUAGGGAAAAUCCUCAAAACAGGUACAAUAUAAACAGGGUAAUGCUGAAUAGGUCAGAAUGUGAGAGGGAUUUGGGUGUUCAGGUUAGCUCAGACCUCCGUCCCAGAAAACAAUGCAUUGAGGCUAGAAAUAGGGCUAAUAGGUUGUUAGGAUUCAUUACUAGAAGUAUUAAAAGUAGAAGUGCUGAGGUUAUUUUGAAAUUGUAUUUAGCGUUAGUCAGACCUCACCUCGACUAUGCAGUGCAGUUUUGGUCACCGUAUUAUAGAAUGGAUAUAAUUUUGUUAGAGUCAGUGCAGAGAAGGAUGACCAAAAUGAUAGAAGGGAUUCGUAAUUUUAGCUAUGAAAGGAGAUUAAAGCUUUUGAAAUUGCACUCACUGGAGCGACGUAGAGUAAGGGGAGAUCUGAUUGAAGUAUUUAAGUGGGUGAAGGGUUUUAAUAAGGGGGAUGUAGGAAAAGUUCUUACGAUCAGUAGUCAGGAUAGAACAAGAAAUUACGGAUUCAAACUAGAAAAAUGUAGAUUUAAUAAAGAAAUAGGCAGAAAUUGGUUUACAAAUAGGGUGGUAGAUGAUUGGAACAGACUCAGUCAGCAGGUAGUUAGUGCACAGAUAAUAGGGAGUUUUAAGAGAAGACUAGACUUCAUGGAUGCGGAUGAGAGGUGGGUGUAG